AUGGUUGUCUGCACCUUUGGAUUUCUAUGUAGAACCUCAUGUCUUCCUAUCUAUCUAUCUAUCUAUCUAUCUAUCUAUCUAUCUAUCUAUCUCAGUCUAUUCAUAUCUAUCUAUCUAUCUAUCUAUCUAUCUCAGUCUGUUCGUAUCUAUCUCUCUCAGUCUAUUCAUAUCUAUCUAUCUAUCUCAAUGUAUUCAUUAUCUAUUAUAAUCUGUUCAUAUCUAUCAUCUAUCUAUCUAUCUAUCUAUCUCAGUCUAUUCAUAUCUAUCUAUCUAUCUAUCUAUCUAUCUAUCUCAGUGUAUUGGUUUUCUAUCUAUCUCAGUUUGUUCAUAUCUAUCUAUCUAUCUAUCUAUCUAUCUAUCUAUCUAUCUAUCUCAAUGUAUUCAUUAUCUGUUAUAGUCUGUUCAUAUCUAUCUAUCCAUAUAUCUAUCUAUCUCAGUCUGUUCAUAUCUAUCUAUCUAUCUAUCUAUCUAUCUAUCUCAAUGUAUUCAUUAUCUGUUAUAGUCUGUUCAUAUCUAUCUAUCCAUAUAUCUAUCUAUCUCAGUCUGUUCAUAUCUAUCUAUCUAUCUAUCUAUCUAUCUAUCUAUCUAUCUCAGUUUGUUCAUAUCUAUCUAUCUAUCUCAGUCUGUUCAUAUCUAUCUAUCUAUCUCAAUGUAUUCAUUAUCUAUGAUAGUGAGUUCAUAUCUAUCUAUCUAUCUAUCUAUCUAUCUAUCUAUCUCAGUCUAUUCAUAUCUAUCUAUCUAUCUAUCUAUCUAUCUAUCUCAGUGUAUUGGUUUUCUAUCUAUCUCAGUUUGUUCAUAUCUAUCUAUCUAUCUAUCUAUCUAUCUAUCUAUCUAUCUAUCUCAGUGUAUUCAUUUUCUAUCUAUCUAUCUAUCUAUCUAUCUGUCUGUCUAUCUAUCUAUCUAUCUAUCUAUCUAUCUAUCUAUCUAUCUAUGUCUGUUCAUAUCUAUCUAUCUAUCUAUCUCAAUGUAUUCAUUCUCAUUGUCUGUUCAUAUCUAUCUAUCUAUCUAUCUAUCUAUCUAUCUAUCUAUCUAUCUCAGUUUGUUCAUAUCUAUCUAUCUAUCUAUCUAUCUAUCUAUCUAUCUAUCUAUCUAUCUAUCUGUCUGUCUAUCUCAGUCUGUUCAUAUCUAUCUAUCUAUCUAUCUAUCUCUCUAUCUAUCUCAGUCUGUUCAUAUCUAUCUAUCUAUCUAUCUAUCUAUCUAUCUAUCUAUCUAUCUAUGUUUCUAUUCAUAUAUCUAUCUAUCUAUCUAUCUAUCUAUCUAUCUAUCUAUCUAUCUGAUAUAUACGGUCCGAUUUUAAUCUAUCUAUCUAUCUAUCUAUCUAUCUAUCUAUCUAUCUAUCUCUCUCUUCCUAUCUAUCUAUCUAUCUAUCUAUCUAUAUAA